AUGGGAUGCUGCUUGUCCAGUGAGACCAGGAGUCCGCUUCCUGGUUCUCCGUUGGAGGUAGGGAAGAGGAAUGGCUCGAGAAGUAGGCUGGGGUCUCGAAAUCCAUCCUUUGAUUUUAGGAGGGAUGAACAACUACGUAAGACUCCAGGCCGUAUGUUCUUAAACGGCUCCAGCGAGGUUGCUUCUCUCUUUACCCAGCAAGGCAAGAAAGGAACCAAUCAAGAUGCCAUGCUUGUUUGGGAGAAUUUUGGUUCAAGAACAGGCACGGUCUUCUGUGGUGUUUUUGACGGCCAUGGUCCCUAUGGUCAUUUGGUUGCAAAGCGAGUCAGAGAUUCUCUUCCUUCAAAACUGAGUGCACAUUGGGAAGUUGAUAUAAAGAGUGAUGAGGUUCUUAGGGAGGUCAGUUUGAAUAGUACGGGAAGUAGGUGCUCUGAAGAUACCUCUUUAUUAACCCUUGAUGAGUCAUCUAGAGCUUCCAUUGAUCUUGAAGAAGCUCAAAAGCAUCCAGAGUUUUUCCAGACACUGAAGGAGUCCUUCCUAAAGGCUUUUAAGGUUAUGGAUCGGGAACUGAGAAUGUAUUCAAAUAUUGAAUGCUUCUGCAGUGGGACAACAGCAGUGACUCUAGUGAAACAGGGUCAGGAUCUCGUAAUUGGAAAUGUUGGGGACUCUAGAGCUGUAUUGGGUACAAGAGAUGAAAACAAUUCACUUGUUUCAGUCCAGUUGACUGUGGAUCUUAAACCAAACCUUCCAGCUGAAGCAGAGAGAAUCCUCAAAUGUAAAGGCCGUGUAUUUGCCCUUCGGGAUGAACCUGAGGUGGCGAGAGUGUGGCUGCCAAACAAUGACUCUCCUGGCCUCGCUAUGGCACGUGCAUUUGGAGAUUUCUGUCUAAAGGAGUUUGGUCUUAUCUCUGUACCUGAAAUUUCCUAUAGACGCAUUACUGAUAAGGAUGAGUUUAUAGUCUUGGCAACAGAUGGGAUUUGGGAUGUGCUCUCAAAUGAAGAAGUUGUAGGCAUUGUGGGUUCUUGCUCCACUCGUUCGUAUGCAGCUCGACUGCUAGUAGAGUCUGCAGGCCGGGCUUGGAGGUCCAAAUAUCCAACUUCUAAGGUUGACGACUGUGCUGUUGUUUGCCUAUUUCUUGAUUCAAAUCCAAACAAUUCUACUGCUCCUACCACAGAAUUCAAAGAGAAUAUCACCUCAGAAGAUCACGAGGAUACCGACAAGAAAAAUGAUUCCUUUAGUCCAACUGGAUUGGAUCGCUCUGGCACUGUUAGAACAGGCAAAGAGGCCCGUGGAGGAGACAAUGAAGAAACUUCAGAUGCAAAUGAGGAUGUAGCCUCAAAUAAUGAAGGAAAAAACAUGAAGGUCGGAAAAGAGUGGUCUGCGCUUGAAGGAGUAUCCCAUGUAAACACGUUAUUGACUUUGCCAAGGUUUGUCCCAAACAAAGACGAGAAAAAAGCUGCAGGAGAGACAGGCUAG